UGAUCUUGAAUAUUGUCGAGUAAGUAAUUAUAAAUUCACUCGUCAUUUCUGUCAGUUUAAUUAACAGAAUUACAUGGGGGAGCUGAGAUCUUAUUUGUCCUUCUUUUGCUUCACUUUUUCUUAUUCUGUUUCUAUUUUGGCAUCACUAUUAGUAUAUACUACUAUUUCCUUCCUGCUUUUCGCAAAUGUGAACAGUUUUGAUCCCCUGAUUCAGUUUCCUAUAUUGAAGAACACAACAGGUAAAUCAAUAACCCUUAUUUACGUGAAUGAAUUUGGAGCCAAAGGAGAUGGCAUCACCGAUGACACUAAGAUUUUUCAACAUAUUUGGAAAAUCGCCUGUUCUUCACCAUUACGACCAAAAAUCAUCAUCCCACAUCGAUAUACAUUCUUAGUUCGACCAAUUGAUUUUGUUGGGCCUUGCCGGUCAAAGGUUUCUCUUGUGAUUGCAGGUUCAAUUGUAGCGCCGAAAGAUCCAGAAGUGUGGGAUGGAUUGGAUCCACAUAAAUGGCUUUAUUUCCUUAAAGUGAGACACCUGACUGUACGAGGAGGAGGAACAAUAAACGGGAUGGGCCAUAAAUGGUGGGCUAGGUCAUGCAAGAUUAAUACAACCAAUCCUUGUCGACAUGCUCCAACAGCUAUGAGUUUCCACAGAUGCAACAAUCUGAAAGUGAGGAACUUAAGGAUGCUUAAUAGUCAACAAAUGCAUAUAUCAAUUUCAAACUGCAUAAAUGUUGAAGUAUCACGUAUCAAAGUGCAAGCACCAGCUAAGAGCCCUAACACUGAUGGAAUCCACAUAAGCUCAUCCACACUUGUUGGUAUCAGGGAUUGCAGUAUUCGCACAGGAGAUGACUGCAUAUCUAUAGUUGGCAAUUCUUCAAGGAUCCUGGUAAAAAACAUCGCUUGUGGCCCAGGCCAUGGUAUAAGCAUUGGAAGCCUGGGAAAGUCAAAUUCAUGGUCUCAGGUGCAAAAUGUCCUGGUUGAUGGAGCAUAUCUUUCCAACACAGAAAAUGGUGUCAGGAUAAAGACUUGGCAGGUAGGUAAUCAAUCCUACUAACUUGAAAAUGAAAUUUCAAGU